GUAAAAGCUAUAGCCGUAUUAUCAAUAUUGACGGUUUAUUUACAUACUUAGUUGUCAACGCAGGAAAAUGGAGUGUACCUUGUAAAAUAGAACUAAUUAAAGAUGGACUGGACGGACGUUGAGUUUUCCACCGACCUUGUACAGUCUGCUUAUUUACAUCUAUGCUUCCUUGACAAGGUCGAUAACUUUGAAAAGAUCCUAAAAGGCGAUGCACUCAAACAUGCCGUGAAAAGGUAUGAGCAAUUAUGGUUACCCCUUGUCAACGACAACCAGUCUGUAGAGAUGGUACCGCCAGUAGAUAUCCAUUGGUUCUGGUAUAUGCAUAUGCUUCAACCACUGGCAUAUAGAAGAGAUUGUCGCAAAAUGUUCAAAACUACACUCGAUCAUCGAUUUAAAGCUGAAUCAAGGUUAAUUCCAGGUACAAACAAAGCCAUCGAAAUUUGGUAUGAAACAUAUCCUAAAGAAGGUUUCAAUAUCAUUCGAAAUGAUGAGUACGUAAGACCUAAGAGGAACAAAGGACAGAUAAAUUUUGAAGAAUCAUCAAAACUGUCGGUCGAUUUAGUGAGUUUAGCAGAGGCACAUAUGCAUUUUUGCUACCAAGUAGCUUUACCUCAUUUCCGGGACAAGAAAUAUUUAGAAAAUGCAGAGAAGAGAUAUAAGCAGUUUUUGUGCUUAAAGAAGUUGGAACCGAACGAAUUUUUAACGCCUUCUGUUGAUAUUUUGCUCAUGUGGUAUACACAUAUGUGUCACCCAAUCUCUUAUGCGAACGAUUUGAUGCGUAUAUGUGGACAAAUUUUGGACAAUACGAUAAAAAUCAAGCCAGCAGUAAUAAGUGAUAAAUUUUUAUUGGCGCGGGAAAAAACAAACGAACUAUGGAAACGUGUAUCUACUGAAGAACUUGUUCAACCAGGUACUAAACUCCGAUCGAAUGAAACUCAGAAAGAAAUUGUGCAGAUGACCAUAGAGGAUCUUACAGAUUGUUGUGUAAUUGUAUAUAGAAUAUAUCUCUCCCAUGCUGACCUUCAAAACGUUUCCGUAAGACGGAAACAUCAACAUCUCAAUCUGAGACUUUAUCUUGUGCAACGGAAAGGAGGCAUUUUGAAGGAAAUGUUAUAUUUGAGUGGUAAUAAACAAAUGUGGGGGUUUUCAACAUCGUUUCCAUUUAAUACAGUUGAACACAAAGAACUUAAAGUUGUUUUAUCAAGAACAAUUAAAAUGUGGUGCAUGAGUGACGAAAGAGAAAUAGCGAGUGCUACAGUCAAUGUCAGACGAGAGAUAGAUAAGAUGAAACCAAUGGAACGCUCCGUAAGUCUGAAUGUUGACCUGAUAUCUGAAGACGGUUCAGAGGUGAUAAAAUUAGUGCUAGAUGGUGCCGUAGAUAAACCUCAACCAUUGUUAUGUGAUUUAACAUUACAAAAAUCAGAUUUCGUGCUUAAAAAGCUCUCUAAAAAGGAAUUGUGCGCGGUUUGGGGGCACGAGGGAUUACCGGAAAGUUUCCGUAGUCAGGAGCAUUCCUGCUACACAGCUACACACAUACUGUUGAAUCAUGAAAACAAUGAAAGUUUCCGGUGUUGUGUCAUGCAUAUACCAGAGCUUCUCCAUUCUGCUGUGGAGAUCAUUUAUAAAAAGAGGCUCGUUGCUACGUCACAUCUUAUUGGAUCGUCACAGCUUCCAUACCCAUCACAGGUUGAGCUACAAGACAUCACAACGGCAUUUGAUCCAGAGUUAGGUGAACGUGCUAUGUUAAUAAGAAACCAUAGUGGCGACUGGGGACUCUGUAUAGCACGAUGGAGUCAAGAUGCUGGCGGCCUAGAGGUACGUUUCAUGAAACUUGCCGGCAGGAAUAAAGUACAGCAUAUCACAAUCCAGAGCGUUGACAUCGAAUUUCAGAGCUUCAAUGCUAGCUUAUAUACAGGGAAGGUAUUGGUUAACCCAAGUAAAAACACAGUAGCUGAGAAUCUGGCCACUUACUGGAGUAUAUGUGUUUUGUAUGUGCUCUGUUCUCCAAAAAGUAGUAGAAGACAACUUUUACUGACACAAGCAGAAAUGAAACCCUCCGAUGAAGUAUCAGAUGGCGAUAAAGAAGUUCGAUCAGUGUUUGUUGAAGAAAUGAAUUGCCAGUUUCUUCUAGCGGCCGGCUUGACUACGGAAACUCCUAGUAAUCAAUAUAUGCGCACUAGGUUUGGGUCUCUUACUUAUGAUCUGCUCUUAGAUGCACAAGGUAUCAUCGUAGAAGAACACAAAACCAGCCGAAGAUUACUGAAGAAAGAGGGCAUCUUAACAGAAGAUUCUUGCUCAUGUGAGCCGACCAAACGGAAACGAAAGAAGCGAAAAUCACAUCUGAAAGAUUUAGAAGGGACCGAACGAAAGGAAAGAGUGUUUGUAGAACCUAAUUCAAAUAAAGUAACAAAUAGUGAUCACCCAAACAAAAUAACAAAUAUGAAUACAAUAAAAACGGAUGCGGUAAAUGGUGAUAUAGAAUCCAAGAAAAAUCCUGUUGUAGUAAAAACAAAAAAAUUGAAAUCCAGGCAAUCAAGUAAAUUAGAGGAUAUGUUAGCAAUGUCAGAUGACAGUAUAACUAAAGACGAUGUAAUGGAAACGAAACUCGUGAAAGAUGAUAAAGGUAGGAAGAUUGUGAUAAGAAAAAUUUCAAGUCGUAUUGAUGAACAGAUUGCGCCGUCAGAAGACAGCUUAGAUGAAGAGAUUAAAGAAAAAGAGGAAUUUAUUAAAGGAUUAGAUGUUGACAGGAGAAGUUAUAAUGGAAUAUCGAGCGGAGACGAGUCGCGUUUGAUUGAAGGGGGAAACAUUGACCAAUCAAGCGGUUCCAAGUAUCAAAUGAGUGAUAGCUUAAAAGUUGGUGAAUCAAUAAUUAGAGAGGAGACUACAUUAAUAAAAGAAAAAGUUGAAAAAAAGAAGAGGCAGGCAAUAGAAAAUGACAAUCAAAGUGAUAGUACGAUAACAGGAAGAAGUCCAAAACGUAAUGACCCAAAUACCGUUAUCUUUGAUCUGUUUGGUGAUGAAGUUAAAGAAGCUAAUUCUAGUAUAACUGAAACAAAUUUAAGUACCCUUGAUGAUACAAGAUCUGAUUCCUCAAGUAUUACUCGGGAAACUAGACAAAGCAGAAAGCAAAGAAUUUUAAAAGAGAGAGAAAGCAAAUUUCCAUUAUCUGAUGAAGAUACUCGGGAAAAUACAAUUAGCAACCAGUCGAAGAGAAGGAGAAAAAAGUCAAAACAAAAACUAGAAGCGAGUGUUUUAGAAACUACAUCAGAAGUGUAAAUUUAAAAGGCAAAUCUGAAUUUCAAAUUUUAUUAAUACCCUGAGUGCAAAUACAUCUACUAUAUUUAUUCAAUAAACUAUACGUAAUCAUCAACAUUAAUUUGAUUUUUUUCAUUUUGCAUAAUUUUUAUCUUAAUUAAUACAAAAUAUGUAAAAUAAACUACAAACAAAUA